AAUAUUCGAAGAGAGAAGUGAAUACGAACGAUAGAUAUUUUAUGAAGCAAUAAACUGAAUAUGCGAGUAAUAUACAGAUCUUCGAUCAGUGAAGAUAAUUGUGGGCGGGGUCCACGACUCGGAUGACUGGCAACUAGACACUUCAAACAUUCGCUGCAAGUCUCGCAUCCGAAGGAAGAUGGCUGCUCAUAGCCAAAUGGUCGUGACAGUGUGUCUAGUCUUAAACAUUUGCAGCUCCAUAGUCAUUGUAUUAUUGAACAAAUGGAUUUACACACACUAUGCUUUUCCAAACAUGACUCUGACAUGCAUUCAUUUCAUCGUGACGACGCUUGGAUUGCUUGUUUGCAAGAAAUUAGAUUUGUUUCAACCGAAGAGCCUUCCAUUCCUGCAUAUGCUGCCUCUGGCUUUGACUUUUUGCGGUUUUGUUGUUUUCACUAAUCUGUCGCUGGAAAACAACACAGUAGGAACGUACCAGCUGAUAAAAACAAUGACAACACCCUGCAUUAUUUUUAUACAAACCCAGUUUUACGCGAGAAGUUUUUCAUUCCAUGUAAAAUCAACUUUGAUACCAAUUAUUAUCGGUGUUUUCUUGAACUCAUACUAUGAUGUCAAAUUCAGUGCCCUUGGCAUUGUGUAUGCCACAGUUGGUGUACUGGUCACUUCUGUUUAUCAAGUGCUGGUAGGAGAGAAGCAGCAAGAACUACAAGUCAAUUCCAUGCAGUUGCUUCAUUACCAAGCCCCAUUGUCAGCCUUCCUCUUGAUCCUAAUUAUUCCAUUCUUUGAGCCACUGGAUGCCUUUCAUGGAGUGCUGGACAGCUGGCCACUUGAGACUGUGCUGAUGGUAUUCUUAUCUGGUGUUGUUGCAUUCACAGUAAACUUGUCAAUAUUUUGGAUUAUUGGAAAUACAUCACCAGUCACAUAUAACAUGGUUGGUCAUCUUAAGUUCUGCCUGACACUUUUAGGAGGCUACUUUUUGUUUGGUGACCAUCUUAACAGUCUUCAAGUUUUGGGAAUCAUCACAACACUUACAGGUAUUAUUGCCUACACCCACUUCAAAAUACAGGAGGCAAGGUUUCCACAGUUACCUGUAACACUGAGCUCCAAAAGUUGAGCAUACAGCAAAAACAACUUUAGUUCUAGAGUUCUUGGGUCUUUGUAUUUUUUGUUUUUCAGUGUUGUUGGGCUCAGAGAGGAAGAAUGAACAUGUACAGUGAACAUUGGAGAUAAAUGAUAAAUGCAGUUGCUUGUUGACUUCUGGUAAUUUUUUCACCUGUUGGUGACAGAUUGUGGGUUGUGGGCUGCACACAUAUUACCGGUGUUAAAUGCCUUAUCUGAGGCAUUUACACUAGUUCCUCCAGAUAUAAAUAAUAAAUGGCAGUUAUUUAAAUACAAUCCGAGGGUAAUGUGUUGAGGGCAUUACUGCCAGGCUGACCAGCGAGUGAUCUGCUACAAAUGUCAGACAGUUGCAAUUAUUAGGUCAAAUGUUACCAUAAACAGCUCUUUACAUGGGUAAACUGCUUUGUACAAAACAAAAGUGUUAAAAUUACUAGAGAACUUUUUUUCCCAUAUUGAUGGACCAGGCCAUAAAAAUGCCCAAUUAACAUUACUGUCCAAGCUGUCUCAUUGCUGAUAGCCUUUAAAUGAUGAUAUAAAACACAUCGUGGACUUUUGUAGCUUUGAUGUUGUUAACUCCUGUUUAUGUUUGCAUUUGUAGGCAUGUAUCUCAAGAAGAGCAAUUUUGGAAAGUGUCUUUUACUGAUCUUAUUGCAAUCAUUUUGAAAAAAAAAAAAGAUUGGUAAGAUCUAAUUCAGAAAAAGAGGACCGUGGCCUUAAGAUUUGAAAGGUCACCAAUCUUUUGUUUAUGGCAUUUAUUAAUCCUCAGAGGUCUUCAUCUAAGCGCUAUAUGGCAUGCUUUAUGCAAUUCAUAAGUUUGAUUCUGGGUCAAAUGUUUUUAAAAAAGCAGAAAACAAAAACCAAAUGCAUUGCAUUUGUGAUCAAUGUCUUGUGAUAUUCUAGCUCAAAAGUGCUGGUUUUUUUAAAAGUCACUUUGCACAUUAUUAGUGAGUCAGUGUUUCUUCUAUUGUAAUCUGUGACAGUUUAGCACAUUAUUAUUGCAGCCUUGUAUUUCUCAAAGCAAGCUUUUGGGAUUUGUUGACCAAUUUUUAUCCAUUUUUGUUCAUCAUAUGUGAACGUGAAUCAUGUUCUACAUGGGUGUGUUUUGAAAGCAUGGUAUUUACCUUUCCUUUGCAUGCACUUUCUUCAGUGUAUCUAGAUGACUUCUACACUAACAUCACAUUUGCUACCACUGCUUUUAUAAAUUCCUUGGACCUGCAUGGAAUUAACCAACCCCUAGCAUCACAUCAAGUGGACAGAAGCUCAGCAGUCAUCUGCAGUUAUCAUACAAUUAUGAAGUAAAAUAGGAUCCGUUAUGUUAAUGAGGGGCUAGUGGAGAUAAUGACUGUCAUUUUUUACUUCUCUUGUGUUAGAUUUCUGAUGAAUAUAAUCCGUGGUCUUCAUCUGGUUUAGUUUUGCAGUAACUUUGUUGAUGUUAUGUCAGUUUUCUUUAUGUAGCUGUCCGACCUAUUGAUGCUCUAUCACCCAAGGCAGACCAGCCACAAAACCUACCUUUUAAGAAAUACCCAACUCUUCUGCUCACUCUAAAAAAUUUCCCAGUAUCAUCCGGGCUUUUGUUUUUGCUCCUGUGUAUACUCCCUGCUGUUUUCGACUUUGUUGUGUUAAGCUGUCAGUUUGUUUGUCCUCUCAGCUCAUGAUGAAAUGCAUUUUAUAAAUUCAGUUUAGUAGUAUUCCAUUUGUACAAGAGACAGAGUGUAAUGUAAUGAUGAGCACAUGAAAGAAUUUUUAACACUUCUCAAGGGCACUGCUGACAUGACAAAUAGAGCAAGCUGCUGAAAAAAAGCUGCAAUACUUUUUAUGUUGAAGAUACAAUGUUUGAACAACAUACAAAGAGAUGGUUCAGUAAAUGAAUUAUUUUUUUGUGUGAUAUACUAGUAUCAGGGUUGUUUAUGUGGUCUUUUACUCUUUUUGUGCACAUGUAUAAUUUUUCUGAGUGUAAACCAGUUUUAAAAAAUGGUCAUCGCGUCAAGUGAUGUAAGAUGAUCUUUAGCCACGUGACCCAGCAUGACACCCCGUUGAAGACUAUCCUUCAAGGCACCUUGGAGGGUAGUCAACCCUUUGAUGGUCAAAGAAAGAACUGGCUUACGAAUGUUAAAGACUGGACUGAUCAUCCUGUAUAGAAACCGCUCACCGUUGCCCAAAAUAUGCAAGAGUGGCACACCGUCAGCUGCCGUGUCUGUACAUGUGCUCCCCAUAACAGGUGCCAGUCAAGGGGCGACUGAUUAGUUUUAUUAUUGUUUUUAGUAGUAUGCUUGAUAGUCGAGUAAAUUAUCUCCCACUUAGUAUGUGUGAACCACACAUCUAAUAUGGGGGGAAAAAGCCAGAGAAAUGAGUUUUGUGCAAAAAAGGUAUGCUACACAACAUUAUAUUAACAGAAAAUCAUCAAACGAGAAGCAAAAACCAGGUGUAGGUUGGAUCAUUGAUCAGUCUGGUUUGGACAGUGUAAUUUGGUUGCACAACUUGUGGAAACAGAUAGUCAAGUAAUUAGAGCACUGGUGUCCUAACCUGGAGAUGUGCCAGUUCAAUAGCUCUGAUGCACCAAACUUUUCCCCAGUCAAUCCAGCAGUUGAGAAUGAAUACCGGACUCCAUAGAGGGUUGGGGAAGGUAAAUGAAAGGGAGAAGAGAUGGGCAUCACCCUCAUAUAGAAAACCUGGCCCCACGAUAUAUGCAUUAUCAAAUAUCUAAGUGUAGUCUCUAAAACAGGGUGGGCCAUUUUAUAUCAUUUGUGGGCCAUACAAAAUUAUCAACUUAAAAAUUAGACUGUUUGGUCCAGUUGUAGCUUCACCACAAUGUGUUAGCACAUAUCUGUCUCGUCAAGUACCAGUGUGUAUGUAAUGGAUGUUCGUUGCUUGUCCCUGAAAAAACUUACGCUAUGAUUCAUUUAAUAUAAAAUUAUGUUACUUUGAAAAAAGCUCCUACUGAAUUUUGAGUCCUGUCGAAGCCGUCUUGGCUAGGCCAGACCAUAUGAUUUCACAGGCUUUAUACUGCCCAUGGACCAGAUGUCCCUGCUUCAAAACCUCAAUCUCCAGCCUGACCUCAAAAACGUUAGGGGAUAACAUUAUUUUAAUUUCUUAUGCUUUUUUUAAAAAACAAAAACUAAUGCAGGCUCUCUAGUUUAGGCUUUCAGUAUGUGAAAAAUUUUUGAUUAUCUCCCAUUUGUAAUUUUUUCCCAUCAACGCCAAUGACUGCUAACAUAUUUAAAGCAUGACUUUUUCAUUGCAUGUAAGGAAGCACGUGCAUGUGUAUUUGUGAAUAUAUAAUAUAUGAAACAAAAAUUUUGCUGUGGAUGUUUGAUUCUAAAUACACAGACUGUCAAGAGUGUGAAUUAUCUUCCAGCAUCACAUGCCUGAAUGCCAAAAAUGCAGUCAAAUAGCUUUUUCUGUCAAAAUGGUUAAGCUGUUUUGCACGGUUACUCUCCGAAUAAUUUGUUGAUAUACUGUAUUGCAUUUCUUUCCAUUGUUAUAUGGACAAUUAGAAAUGCUAUGAAGACAAAUAAUCCAUAUGUUAGUACAUAUUUGUCUUAAGAAUGCAUUUGAAUGCCGUUGCAUGCAUUAAGUGAACAACAAGGGUUGUGGUAUGAUAGUUAAUAGUCUUUGUUGUGCGCCAUAAACACAUUUAUGACACAUCUGGGCAUGUAUACAAGCAAGUCUGUA